AUUCAAUCACUCACCUUCCCCUCUUUUAUGUUUGCUUCCCAACAAUCCUGACAUGACUCCUUUCCUUCUCUAAUAUAAUCCCACUCCUCCCUUUCACUUAUCCCUCUCUCUACCUCACUCCCUCUCUUUUUCUUCCCCUUUCUCUUUCUAAAAAAAAAUAAAAAAUGUUUCUUCAUAUUUUCACACUCUUUCUCCUGCUCUCUCCAUCCUUAACCAUCUCCACUACUUUCACUUACAACACUUUAGACAUCUCCUCUUCUCUUCAAUCCACUCUGAAUCUCUUCUCUAAACAACAAGAACAACAUGAACAACUCAUCCUUAAAAAACAUCCUCAAAACUCACAUUCUUCAUCACUCUCACUUCAAAUCCAUCCUCGUACCACUCUCCACUCUCCCCAUGACUCUCACAAUGACUACAAAUCACUCACUCAGUCACGACUCGCUCGUGACACAGCCCGAGUCAAGUACAUCAUCUCUAAAACAGAAUUCCAUCUCCGUGGGAUCUCACGCGCCGACUUAAAACCCAUGGAAGCUUUCCUUAGUGCCGAGGAUUUCGAAGCUCCGGUUUCAUCGGGAACCAGUCUCGGAUCAGGAGAGUACUUCUCACGUGUUGGUGUGGGUUCCCCUUCUAAGGAGUUUUACAUGGUUAUUGAUACUGGCAGUGACGUCACUUGGCUUCAAUGUCAACCGUGUUCGGAUUGUUACCAACAAACCGACCCGGUUUACACCCCGUCUUCUUCCUCUACAUACUCCCCUAUCACGUGCAACUCACGCCAGUGCUCUUCACUCGAAGUAAGCGCGUGCCGUAACACUGCGUGUUUGUACCAGGUUUCGUACGGUGAUGGGUCCUACACUGUCGGAGAUUUUGUCUCCGAAACGGUGUCGUUUGGUCCGUCUGGGAAAAUCUCCAACGUGGCUAUUGGUUGUGGACAUGACAAUGAAGGGUUGUUUGUCGGUGCUGCUGGGUUAUUAGGUCUCGGUGGUGGGGCCUUAUCGUUAACUUCACAAAUCAAAGCGACGUCGUUUUCUUACUGUUUAGUCGACCGUGACUCAACUAAAUCGUCCUCACUCGAGUUCAACUCAGUAAAACCCGCUGACUCAGUAACCGCUCCACUCCUAAAAAACAACAAAGUAAACACUUUCUACUACGUGGGUCUAACCGGAUUCAGUGUCGGCGGUCAAAACAUAGCCAUCCCACCAUCUCUAUUCGAAAUGGACGAAGCCGGGUCGGGCGGGGUGAUCGUUGAUUCGGGUACAGCCAUAACUCGGUUACCCACCGAAGCAUACAACUCGCUCCGGAACUCAUUCACUCGAUUAACUCAGCACUUAAAAUCAGCAUCUGGGGUAGCAUUAUUCGACACGUGUUACGAUUUCUCAUCAAUGAGUAGUGUAAAAGUACCAACCGUAGCACUCCAUUUCGCCGGCGGUCAAAUGUUGAAUUUACCGGCGAAAAACUAUUUAAUUCCGGUGGACUCAUCGGGAACGUAUUGUUUUGCGUUUGCUGAAACGGCGUCGUCUAUGUCAAUAAUAGGGAAUGUACAGCAACAAGGGAUACGUGUACACUACGAUCUUGGUAGAUCUCAAGUUGCAUUUUCACCGAAUAAUUGCUAACGUUAUAAAAAGUAGAUGAGGAGAAUUAAUUAAUAAAUUGUUGGGGUGGUGAAAUGACGGUUACGUCCUUGAAUAGGAUAGGGAUUGAAAGGAGGAAAAUAGAUUCCCUAGUAGUUGGGUAAGUGUCCGAAUUAAAAAGGGGUCCAUAGAUGGGGGGGAUAUUGACGGAUGGGUUUGUAUUUAGUUUUAACAGUUACUAUUACUACUCGUGAAGUAAAUUGUCGAUUACUACUGUUAUUGCUUGUGAUAGUACUAUUAUUGUUUAGUUCAAUAUCUAGUGCUUUACUAUUAUUUUUAUUUUUUUAAA